AUGCUGUGCUUUUCUUCUUGCCACUGUACGAGAUUCAGCCAUCCUUCUUUGCCCAGCCCUGGGCGGCCGGAGGUCACUCGGCCUCAUGUUAACGAGCCUCAGCUCCUACCUCAGGCAUCAUUUUCCACUGGUGAAGGCAGCAAGGCUUUUCCUCCGAAGGGUUCACGCAAGAAUGGCAAAACCCUGUUCAUCCGACAAGCAGCGGAACUAUAG